CAAUGAACAUCAUCUUACUGCUGCUCCUGAUGUCUUACGGAGGUCCUGCCAUGUCAGCCAGGAUCCUUGCUGUCCUGCCAAUCCCUGCCAAGAGUCAUCACAUCCUGUUUAACGCCGUGCUGAGGACACUGGCGCAGGCAGGACAUCAGGUCGUCAGCUACAGCGGUCUACCAGCCGACCAGGAGGUGGCAAACUUAACUGUUAUUCACAUGGACAACAUCCAACCAGUUGAUAAAUCAAUGACCAAAGAAAUGCUGGAGAUGUUGUUAAACAUGAGUCCAGUUGGAACAACCUCAACUUUUGCCAUCAAAUGGAAUUUGUUUACAAAAAAUAUGAAAAAUAACAAGGAUUUUCAGCAGCUUCUUAAAUCAGAUGAAAAGUUUGAUUUGAUAUUUUUGGAAGCGUUUUAUGCUCAAGAAUCACUUUUUGCCCUUGGUCACAAGUUCAAAGCUCCCAUAAUCAAUCUUCAACCAUUCGGAGCUUUCAGUCUUGUAAACAGAGCUAGCGGGAAUUCUCUCAACCUUGCGUACAUUCCUGAUUUCGCUUUUCCAUUCUCAAAUCACAUGACUUUCUAUGAGAGGACACUCAAUGCUUACUCAAUUUUGAGUACGCUUUUCAAAUAUUACUUCUAUAUGUUUCCCUCGCAAGAUCAGUAUAUGAGGGAGUUGUUUAACGACUCUUUGCUACCUCCCUUGUCAGAAUUGAUGCAGACCUGGUUGGCCUUGACUUUUUCAAACGAGCAUCCUCAUGUUCACUAUGCGCAGCCGUACACCCCCAACAUCAUUCCGAUCGGUGGAAUACAUCUGGCCAAGGAGCAGAACCCACUUCCUGAGGAAAUGAAAAGGUUCCUGGAUAAGGCAUCUGAAGGAGUUGUAUACUUCAGCGUUGGGUCAAUAGUCCCGGACCAUCUGCUUGAUGAAGAAUACUUCAACAACUUUCUUGCAGCAUUCAGUUGUUUGCCACAAAAAGUAUUGUGGAAAACAAAACGCAACCUUCAAAAUCUGCCAAAAAAUAUAAUGACAUCGGAGUGGGUGCCCCAACAAGAUGUUCUGGCUCAUCCUAACGUGAAAGUGUUCAUGACUCACGGAGGGAUGUUUAGUCAACAUGAGGUGAUUAGAGCUGGAGUCCCAGUAAUCUGCACUCCUUACUUCGGCGAUCAAGCCAUGAAUGCCAAGUUCUACGAGGAGAAAGGAAUUGGAGUCAUUCUGCCUUUCAAAUCCUUAUCAGAAGAAACAAUCUUGUCAGCACUAACAAAAGUUCUUAAUGAUAAAAAGUACAAGGACAACAUGUUGAAGAUGUCUAUGAUCUACCAGGACCGCCCUGUCAGUCCCACAGACACACUCCUAUACUGGGUAGACUAUGUCAUGCACCAUGCUGGGGCUAAGCAUCUUACACCAGCUGCAGCUGCAAUGCCCUUCUAUCAAGUUUAUCUACUGGAUGUAAUUGGACUUGUUUCUAUAGUACUUGUCACGAUUUUAUCAUGCAUUUAUGUUAUCAUCAAACGGAUUUUAGGACUGUUUACCAAUAAUAGACAGUUGAGUAGUCAAAGCAGAUUGAAAGGUGAAAGAAGUAAGAAACUGAACUAAGUCACACUUUUACAGUCCAAAUAGACCGUUGCCUUUUAGUCUUCAGAAGAUGAUUGUGUUGUUGUUGAAAUGGAGAUGAGUUGCAUCAAAUCCAUAUUCAGGUCAAGCUACAUUGCAACUUCAGUUUGUUUAAAUUUAGUUGAAUACAACUUAGUUGAACAGUAGAUUGUCUUUAUAACGGAUUGCUGCAACUUAUUCAAACUUAUUACUGUCAGUUCAACAUAAUGUUCUUUUCCCAAAUGUAAAUAUUCAACCAAAUGUUCAUUACAUUUUCGUAAUGAGGAUUAGAUAAAAAUGUGUAUAUUAAAAAGUUAGCAAUACAAGAGUCAACAAAGUGGACUCUAUUUGCUUGCAUUUGCAGUUGUUUUCAAUUUUUUUUAAGUCCCCCAGGGGACGAAAUAUAGUGUGUUUAUUGUCUCUUC